ACUGUUUGGUGGUUUGUGGCUGUGGUUUGUGGUGUUUUGACAGAAAAACUUUUUUGCAAGUGUAGAUUUGAAUUUGAAUCAGAAAUUGUUUUAAAGAUUUAUAAAUAAAACAAUGAGUGAAUACAAUAUGAAAUACAACAAGUUUGCUGGUAUUUACUGGCCCCAAUAUCCGUUACAAGAAUUAUCUAUCAGAAUUAAACUGAAGUCUAAAGAAAGCAUUUUAACACUGCCAAAAUUCGAAGACUACAAAUAUAAAUCAAAUGAAGAAAAUCUCAACAUCCUAGAGAGCAACAAAAUAGAAGAAUAUAUUUUUCAGUGGCAAAAUAAAGUUUUUAGCUAUUGGGAAUUUCAAAAAUAUUCUGAUAUUUACAACUGCAAUACAGAAAUGGAGCUAAAAUAUCACGAUAUGAUAAAAGAGAUUAAUAAUUAUGAACAUAAAAAAGUUUUCACUUAUAUCCAUGAAGACUAUCAUUUACCUGUCCCUGUAGGAAAUAAAAAAAGAAAUGUACAGUCUAUGGUUUGUUUAAAUGAUUGUUUUGAUCGUUUGGAUUUGGAAGAUGUUGGUGAUGUGUCCAAUUCAAUGAGGCAUUUGUUUAGGAGUGAAGAGAAUUUGUCCUCAGAUGAAGAGCAAUGGAUGUCUAUGCAUAUUGUACUGGACAGUUCAGAGUAUGAGGACUCCCACCUUCUGUACAAAGAGGAGCAUAUUCUUGUCUCGCUAUAUCACAAUGUAACAUACAACUAUCUCAUAGUGACCCCUAAUAUCAAUGACAUAGAGUACAAUGCGUACUGCAUAGAGAACCAGCCGGAGAUUGAGUAUGGAGUUGAGAUUGAGUUUGGAAAGGAGAGUGGGAGUGAGUUAGUGGAGUUAUUAAACAAUCUUUUAAGAAAAUGGGAAAAGAAGCAAAAAAAGUUGCUUAGCUUCGUUAUGCCCACGCUGGGAAGGAAGAAGUUCUUUGUGACGUUUGAGAUAGUCUCAGCCGUAGACUUUGACAUGGACAACUUGUAUGUAGAGUUUCAUAUAAAGAUUCCAGAUGACCUACAAUGCAAUGGGGACUUGCAAGGUCGAACUCACACCAGCAAGAGUUUGACCACCGAAGAACACCACGAAUGGAAAUACGGACACAUGGUGGAGUUAGAGCUGGAAUGUGCCACUGGAAUAGAUCCUCUUCCCCUCAAGAUCUACCUAGAAGCAAUAUCAAUCGACUGGUGGGGUCGUCAUCGCACAGAAGGUUACAGCUAUCUCCCUCUCACAUUAGAGCCGGGUGAACAUAAGCGGCAUCUGUCCUGCUCUCGCCCUGAAGAGUUGGAUACGGUAGAAGCGAAUAACAGACGGUUUUUUGUUGGCGGAUGCCAUUUGAUCAAAGAUUUGGAUGUAUUGGCCAAUCCUCAAUUACACAAUACCAACUUCAGAUACGUUUCAACAGGCUCCCUCUCAGUCCGAUGGCGAACGAUAACUCAGUCGCAAUCUAUCGGAGACCACGUUUACCCUUCAAGUCCGGGGGCGUCCGCUAGUGCCAUAUUGACGGGAGCGGACGCCGUGCUGCGACAGUACAAAAAGGCCAAAGCUACCCUCGCGGCCGCUACCAGAAACUUACCGGACAACUGAAAGAGACUGAUGAUCCAGGAAACUGAUAGACCCAGGAGACAAAUAGAAUACCUAUAAAGGUAGUUUCUUUAUUGGCGGAAGUGGAUGCCAUAGUGAUGAUAGUACAAGAUGGCUUCAGAUACUCUCGUGGCCGUUUUUGGAAGCUUGCUGGACAACUGAAAACCCAGAAGACUGAUAGACUCAAAAGACUCUUGCUAAACUUCUUCAAGUACUUAAAUAAACUUACCUAAAAAAAACUUAAACAAAACUUAGAAAAAUUAAACAGAAACUGCAAAGUAAUCGCAAUACUGCGAUUAAUUGAUUUUCCAAACAUUUUUACCGUCAUUAUAAAGGCAUUUUGCAAUAAUUUGUAUAAUAUUUAAAGGUUAAUUUUGGUAAUGAUAAUAAAUUGUAGUAAAUAAAACAACGUAUGUAUUAUUAUAUUUAUGAGGUAUUUGUUUACAAUUAUGUAUAGGUAAAUAAAUUAUUAUAUUUAAUAAACCGAAAAGUAAACGAAA